AUGCUUUUUGGCGGAAAUGGAUUUCCGGCUGAACAAAAUCAAAACAGUCUUAUUCCUAACAGCAUAAUACAGUUUCCGAUAAAUGAUCCAACUCAAUCAAAAAGUGGUUUAACUUGUCCUGUUGUUGGAACUUAUAAUGACGCUAAAAUAUAUCCCAGCUUUUUCUCUCAAUUAGGAACGUUCUUUCCUAUUAUGGGCCUUCUUUUUACUGUAGCUGUUUAUGGUACAACAUCCGUGUUUGGAUAUAUAACGACAUGUCUACUUGAUGAUAUUGUUAUUUUGGGGACAUCCUUAGUACUCAUUAUUUCGUGGUACAACUUCGCCAAACCAGUCUGGUUGGCUUUAUUAGCAAGAUUAUUGCAAGAUGCUUCAAGCAAGAGUGGUGUUGUAAAAACUUUUUUACAAGUAAAAAAUGCAGUUGUAAUUGUUGGGUCUGAUUCUGGACCAGUUGGAAAUAAUUACAAUCAUGAACUCUUUGUACUUUGUUGUGUUUUUAUUGUAACUGCUGUAGCUGUUCUGGCUGUACUGGGGUAUCUUAGAUAUGAUUUUCACCAAAAACGGGAAAUUCUUAGCAAUCCAAAUAAUAAACUCUACAGGCGUUUCUACAAGAGAUUAAAAGCCGUCAUUAUUUGGAUUUACUUUAUCCAUUCAUUUGAAGUCAUAAUUUAUACUAUUUUGCAAUUCGUGUAUGUCUUUAAAGUACUUUUAUACAUACAAGGAGAAGGGGAAAUUGGUCUUGUUGAAGUUCUAAGAGCAAUUGAUUUGCUAACCAUAAAUUAUCUCAUGAAGAUUUCUUAUUUCAUCUCAACCACUACUUUAAUUACCUCGUAUUACUUUCCUAAUUUAGAACUACGUUUCAUAAAAUUGAUAAAAAGGAUUUUCAGAAAAGACACUGGUAAACUUACUGAAGAUGAAAGAAGGUAUUACCAAGGUUUUAUUCGUAAGAAAACUUUCUUUCUUACCGCUGCCCUUUCUUUAGGCCAAAUAUUUUUUGAAUAUUACUGGUUUUGUACUCCUUCAAUUAUCAGCACAGUUUUCAACACCAUUCUUACCACAGUUUUGACUCGUUCAAUCGCAUCAUUCUUUUCUAAUCAGGGAAUAGUUAAAUACAUUUAUAAAAAUAAAGAAGGUGUUGAACAUGUCAAAGAGGAUAACGAUAUUGAAGAUAAAACAAAAGUUUACGCAGAAGUUGGCAUUAUGGAUAUUUAUAAUGUUAAAAGUUUUAAUAUAAAUAAGGAUAAGUAUGAUGGCGACAGUGUUAUAUGUCCUAGUAAUUUGGAAAAAUAUUCAGUUGAUUCUACGGGUAAUUAUGUUUAUGUUUAUACAAAAUCCACAGAAAAAAAUGUAGAGGAAACGAGUAAUUCAAAGGGUAAGGAUGAGGAUGAGAUUAAUGAAUUAGAUAAAGAAGUAAACACUAAGAAGCCCAAGUCUAAGCAAUAUUACUACGUUAUGCCUGUUCAACAAUCUAUGUACUUUGUUAAACUUGAUUUUGAUGAAAGUAAAAUCAAGAAAGUAACGAAUGUAUACGAGGAAGAUUACAAUGAUAAAAAGAACAAAUACAUCGAAACAAAAAAAUUAUACAAGGAUAUAAUGAAAAUACAAAACAAAAAAAAAAAAGAUAAAGAAACUAUAAAGUUCCAAGAAAUAAAGAAUAAAUACGAGAAAAUAGAGGAAAUUUACAAUGAGAAUAAAUACGAGGAAAUCAAGAAUGAAUACGAGGAAAUAAAUAGUAAAUACGAGGAAUCAGAUGAAAGUGCAAAGAAGGAGAUGAAGAUUGAAUACGAGUACAAAAAGGAAGAAUACGAGUACGAGACAAGAAAGAAAGAAUACAAGGAAAUGUGGAAAGAAUAUGAGGAGAAAAAGAAAGAACACGAGAAAGAAUACAAGAAAAUGUGUAAAGAAUAUGAGGAAAAAAAGAAAGAAGACGAGGAAAUAAAUGAUGAACACGAGGAAAUGAAUGAUGAGUACAAUAAAAUAGAAAUAUACAAGGAAGUGAUGAAAGAACACGAGAAAAAGAUCAAAGAACACGAGAAAAAGAUGAGAGACAACGAGAAAGGGUGGAAAGAAUAUCAGCAGCAAAAAAAGAAAAAAUACGAGGAAUUUUACAAAUACGAGAAAAUCAAGAAUGAAUACAAGGAAAUAAAUAGUAAAUACGAGAAAGCAGGAGAAAGUGCAAAGAAGGAGAUGAAGAUUGAAUACGAGUACAAAAAGAAUGAAUACGAGUACGAGAAAAAAAGGAAAAAACACAAGAAAAUGUUGAAAGAAUAUGAGGAAAAAAAGAAAGAAUAUGAGGAAAUAAAUGAUGAAUACGAAAAAAUAGAUGAUAAAGGAUGGAAAGAAUUCGAGGAAAAGUGGGAAGAAUAUCAACAAAAAAAGAAAAAAUACGAGGAAAUAAAGGAUGAAUAUGAGAAAUUAGAAGAAGAUAAAAAAGGGGAGAAGAAGACUGAGUAUGAGGAAAAAAAGAAAGAAUACGAGGAAAUAGCAGAUGAAAAAAUUAAAGAAUACGAGAAAAAGUGGGAAAAAUAUCAACAAAAAAAGAAAAAAUACGAGGGAAUAAAGGAUGUAUAUGAGAAAUUAAGAGAUAAAAAGAUGGCGAAGAAGACUGAGUACGAGGAAUCAAAGGAAGAAUACGAGAAAAUAGCACAUGAAAAAUUUAAAGAAUACGAGAAAAAGUGGGAAGAAUAUCAAGAAAAAAAGAAAAAUUACAAUGAAAUAAAGAAUAAAUAUGAGAAUCCAGAAGGAAAUAAAAAGAAGGCUAAGGACAAGGACAAGAAAGUAUACGAUGAAAAAAAGAGAGAAUAUGAGGAAAUAAAAGAUGAAAGAAUGAAAGAAUACGAGGAAAUAGCAGAAGAAAAAAUGAAAGAAUACAAGGAAAAGUGGGAAGAAUAUCAACAAAAAAAGAAAAAAUACGAGGAAUUAAAGGAUAAAUAUGAAAAAUUAGGAGGUGAGAAGACUGAGAAUGAGGAAAUAAAGAAAGAAUACGAGAAAAAAAAGAAAGAUUACGAGGAAAUUAAAGAUGAAAAAAUCAAAGAAUACGAGAAAAUGUGGGAAGAAUAUCAAGAAAAAAAGAAAAAUUACAAGGAAAUAAAGGAUAAAUUUGAGAAAUUAAAAGGAAAUAAAAAGGUGGCAAAGAAGACUGAGUACGAGGAAAUAAAGAAAGAAUAUGAUGAAAAAAAGAAAGAAUAUAAGGAAAUAAAAGAUAAAAAAAAGAAAGAAUACGAGGAAAUAGCAGAUGAAAAAAUGAAAAAAUACAAGGAAAUAGCAGAUGAAUAUGAGAAAUUAGAAGAAGACGAAAAGGUGGCAAAGAAGACUGAGUACGAGGGAAAAAUGAAAGAAUUCGAGGAAAAGUGGAAAGAAUAUCAACAAAAAAAGAAAAAAUACGAGGAAAUAAAGGAUGAAUAUGAGAAAUUAGGAAAUGAAAAGGUAGCGAAGAAGACUGAGUACGAGAAAGAAAAGAAAGAAUACGAGGAAGAAAUUAAAGGAAAAAAAAAAAAAUAUGAAAGAAAAAAGAAAGAAUACGAGGAAAUAAAAGGUAAAUAUAAGAAAUUAAAAGGAGGGACUGAAAACAAGGAAGAAAUUAAGAAAAAAAAAGUUGAAUAUGUAAGUAAAAAGAAUGAAUACAAGAAAGAAAUAUGGGAAUACAAGAAAAUAAAGGAAGACGAAAUGGAGAAUCCACGGGAAGGAUACGAGAAGGCAAAGGAAGAUUACGAGAAGGCAACUGAUGAUUACGAGAAGGCAAUGAGUAAUGAUUACGAUAAUAAUUACGUGAAGCUAAUGAGUUAUGUGAACAUAAUUGAUAAGAAUAAAGGAAUGGAGGAGUACAAUGAAAAAAAGGAAGAAUUGAAAUACGAAAAAAUAAAGAAAGAAUACAAGGAAAAAAAGAGAAAUUAUGAGGAUGCAAUGAGAAAAAAGGAUAAAGAGAUAAUGAAAAUGCUCGGGGAUGAAAUGGAGAAUGAGGAUGGAAAUGAAGGAAAACAGAACGAAGUGGAGUAUUUAAAUGAUAUUAAAAAGGCAACGGAAAGAUACGAGAAUGAACAUAAGGAAGAUGAACAAACAAAGAAAGAUUAUGUGGAAAAAUUGAGAGAAUACAUUAGCGCAAAGCAAAAUAAAUACGAUAAACAAAGGAUAAAUAUAGAGGCUGAGUCAAGGAUAAAAUACCGGGAAGCGAGCGAAAAAUACAUUAAAGAUAAGGUGAACAAAAUAAUGGCUAAAUACAAAGAUACACCGGUGGAAGAAUCCGAGGAAGCAAUUGCAAAACACGAGAUAGAUGAAAAUGAUGAAAUAAUGAAAGAUGAUGAGCCGGCGAAAAAAUCCAAGGAAACAAUUGAAAAACACGAGAUGAAAAAAAAUGAAUACGAGAAAAAAUUAAAUGAUUGUGAGAAAACAUUGAAAGAAUACAAGCAACAAAUGAGGAAACGCAGUUAUGGUCAUACACAUGGUUAUACAAAUUUUAAAGAUUUGUGUGAUAAGCAAGAGAGAAUAAGAGAUAAAAUGGCUAUGUUCGAAUAUGAGUUAAAAAUGAUUGAAUUUGAGGAAAUAAAGAGAGAAUACUAUUUCAUUAAAGAAAAAAAUGAUAGGGAUAUAAUUAAUAAAGUAUACCAGGAAAAAGAGAAAGAAUAUAGGGAAGCUAAGAAAAGAUUCGAUGACUUAACGAAGAAAAUAACUAAAAAAUACGAUGAUUUAAUGAAAGAAUAUGAGAAAGCAAAAGAGAAAAAAAAGAAGGAAGAAACAAAAAAAGAAUAUAAGGGAAGAACCAAGGAAAUUAAGGAAAAAAUUAAGAAUGAAAUCGAUAGAAUUAGAAAUGAAAUAGGUUGUGAUGGAAUUGCAUUUCACAAUUAUGCUGGUGGAAGUUUCAAAAAGCAAAAUGAAAUCAUUAGAUUCAAACCGAAAGAACUGAACGACCUUGAAAAAGGACUUUCUAUUAGUGAUAAUAAGAGUAUUGAAUGUAUGAAAAUCGAAGGUCACGUCUUGAUCGACAUACUUGAGACAGGAUUCCUAAAUUAUAUUGUUUAUUCUCACCGUUCUUCUAAAAAGCAUGGAUUACUAAAAUGGUUAAAGUUGAAUUACAAUCCAUAUAAUUACUUGUCUAACUUGAAUUACAAUGCUUACAAUCCGUAUAAUUACUUGUCUAACUUGAAUUACAAUACUUACAAUCCAUAUAAUUACUUCUCUACUUUCCACUCCACAAAAGAGGAAAACUCCACAAAAGAGGAAAACUCCACAAAAGAGGAAAACUCCACAAAAGAGGAAAACUCUUCAAAAGUGGAAAACUCUUCAAAAGUGGAAAACUCUUCAAAAGAGGAGGACAUUAAAAUGAAAUUUAUUCUGUGGGAUCUAAACUUCGCAUCGGAGAAUCAGGAUGAGCUAGAAUUCGCAUGGGAGAAACAGGAAUCAGAGAAACUGGUGAAUGUCGAAGUUAAGAAGACACUGGGACUGAAGGAACAAGAACUGAUGGAGCUGAAACAGGAACAAAAGAAAAUAGAACCAAAUUCCUCACUCAUUGGAGGUUUGGCUUUGAACCAAUCCCUAAUUUCUAAUUCUUAA